CCUUAAUGCUGACCACAAUGAGAACUCCUACAAUGGAUUUUUUUUUCUUUUGUCUUGCCUUUCAUAAGGGAUAUGUCUGAUUUCCAUUUGAGAGUUGCCACAAGUUCAGUUAUGAGCUUUGACAAUUUAUGGUUCACAUAAAGAACUGUAAAAAGCUUUUAAAACCUGUCCUAGUCCCUUUUGCUCAUCCUGCCCUACCCAAAGUGGCCCUUCCCAACACUCCUUUUUUGGUCAAAGCAGAUCUAUAGGUCUAAAAUGUCCAGCUGAGUGACAGGGCAAAAACUUUUUGCUGGUUUUUUUCAGACGUCAGGACAAUACUGAGGUAAGCAUGGAUGACAAUACAAGGUUAAUCUGUUCUCACAUAUCUUUUAGAAAUAUGAAUAAAAUUAAUCAUUCCCAUUGUACUUUACUGUGAACAGAGAAUAACUGCAAUAUGAAUUGGACACUAGCAGGAAAGAGAAUGCUAAUAAUAUAAACUGGAUUAUAAAAUCCACUAGUCAAUUUUAAGAAUGUAUUUCAGUAUGAAUAGCAGAAUUCCUCAGAUUUGCUUUUUUUUUUUUGGUAUGUGCAUUCUGGGAACUCUGAUAACUGAAUACAAUUUCAACAGGGCUCAAACCUGUGACCUCAAAACGAGGUUCACAGAACAGUACACAAUGAUGAAACCUGAAGCAAUAAACCACAGAUGAACCGAGAUGUAAGCAUUCAUACUGCUAGGACAGGGCUGCAUUUUCAUUUAUUUUGUUUUGGAGUUCUACUGGGUUGUCUUUCAGACACCUUCCCUUCAUUCCUUAAAAUGUCGGAAGGGUGUUAGGGGACAAUCCAAUAGUCUAGAUAGAUCCCAGUAAAGUUCAGCACAUAGUUCACAAAACGUUACCGAGUUAUUUCUGAAUGUAGGAAUUAUCCCUCUGGGCGAAUGGAGGAAAAUUUACACUUGAGGGUCCCUUUGAAUGGCUGGAGUUUAAAAAAUCUCAGUUCCUCCGUCUUUGUUCCUCUUUAACUGGGUUCGGAGACCACCUGUCCCGAAGGGCACACCUGCAACUCUCAAUGCCUGCAGUUCCCCGCCUCCAGCUCUCGAAGGGAGGUGCUGAGCGGGAAGAAAAGAGCCGGCGCGCGGCCGCCAGCGGACCGGGGCGGGGACGCCGAGGGGCGGAGCCGACGGGCGCGAGCGGGGUGUGCGCGCCGCCGCCGCGUCACCAGCGUGCGGCACGUGCCCGUGUUUACGUCCCUCGUGGAGCCGCCGACGUCAGCAGCCGAAUAGCAACAUUGUGGCGAUUCUGAGGCGCAGAGUUUAGGAGACCCGUCCCUCCAUCAGGCCGGCUCCAGGCGGUCGGCAAGAAGAGGCGGGGGGGCGGGGAGGUCGGCCCGAGUGAGCGGCGGAGAGGUAGAAGCCGCGGGCCCCUACCACCUUCCUGCCUGUCCGGCCCCGCGGAACCCUCGCCUCACCUCCGGAGCGCCUGAGACGCAGCACCGCGGCCUCGCUCGGGGGGCGGCCAGGGCGGGCGCGGGGAGCGGCCGCAGAACGGGGCUUGUAAACAGAUCCCGCCGCACGUGACCAUGUGAACUACCUGCUCCUGGGACGCGUAUUGUCUUUCCCGCGAGCCGCGCGACAAAGGAACGCGGCGGGUGCGAGUGCGGAGAGGCGAGCGAGCGAGUGCGGAAAGCCGGCCGGCGCGCUAAGAUGGCUGAAGGCGCCCGGCGAGGGUGAACGGGGGGCGCGGCGGAGCCAGCCGGUGACUCCUCGGGCGGACAGGGCCGCCGGCGUCUUCCCCGCGGCCUGGCGCCGGAGCCACCAUGUCGUUCGCGCUGGAGGAGACGCUCGAGUCGGACUGGGUGGCCGUGCGGCCCCAUGUGUUCGACGAGCGCGAGAAGCACAAGUUCGUCUUCAUCGUAGCCUGGAACGAGAUUGAGGGCAAGUUUGCCAUAACCUGCCACAACCGGACGGCCCAGAGGCAAAGGAGCGGCACCCGCGAGCAGGCGGGGGCGCGAGGGGGCGCCGAGCCCGGCGUACCCGCGUCCGACGGGACCCGCGGGCCGGGCAGCCCGGUGGGCAGGGGUCGGCCCGAGGCCAUUGCUUCCACGACUCUGGGCAGGAGUCCCGGGCCUCGGAGGCGUCCGGCAUGGGCGGAGGGCGGCCCUCCGCGGAGCGCGUGCAGCCUUCGGGGGGACCCGCUGCUGCGGAAUUCGGCCGGCCGAGGGGCGGAGAGCUCUCUCCGGAGCCCAGUGCGGACCAAGUCCAGCCCGGUCCGGAGGGCAUCUGAACGCAGAGAUGUGUCGGCGGUCCCCGGUGCGGCAGCCCCGCCGGCGCCCACGGAGGCCCAGGCGUCGUCGGUGCGCGUAGUGAGCGCCUGCGGGACGGUCACCGAGGAGAUCGAGGUGCUGGAAAUGGUGAGAGAGGACGAGGCGGACCCGGCGUCGUUGGCGCUCUCGGAUGCGGAGCAGCCGCCGCCCGCCCCCGAGCUGGAGUCCCCGGCCGAGGAGUGCAGCUGGGCCGGGCUCUUCUCCUUCCAGGAUCUGCGCGCGGUGCACCAGCAGCUGUGCUCUGUGAACUCGCAGCUGGAGCCCUGCCUGCCGGUGUUCCCCGAGGAGCCCUCAGGCAUGUGGACGGUGCUGUUCGGGGGCGCCCCAGAGAUGACCGAGCAGGAGAUCGACACGCUGUGUUACCAGCUCCAGGUCUACCUGGGCCACGGCCUGGACACCUGCGGCUGGAAGAUCCUCUCCCAGGUACUCUUCACCGAAACGGACGACCCGGAGGAGUAUUACGAAAGCCUUAGCGAGCUGCGGCAGAAGGGCUACGAAGAAGUGCUUCAGCGGGCCCGGAAGCGCAUCCAGGAGAUUUCUAUGGAGAAUGAUUACCUGGGUCCCAGAAGAAUUGAAAGUCUACAAAAAGAAGAUGCCGAUUGGCAGCGGAAAGCUCACAUGGCUGUACUGUCCAUUCAAGAUCUUACUGUCAAAUAUUUUGAAAUAACAGCUAAAGCCCAAAAAGCUGUGUAUGAUCGAAUGCGAGCAGAUCAGAAGAAAUUUGGUAAAGCAUCAUGGGCAGCAGCUGCUGAACGUAUGGAAAAACUCCAGUAUGCAGUUUCUAAGGAGACUCUGCAGAUGAUGAGAGCUAAAGAAAUAUGUUUGGAACAGAGGAAACAUGCACUAAAGGAAGAGAUGCAGAGUUUGCAGGGCGGUACAGAAGCCAUAGCUCGAUUGGAUCAGUUAGAAGCUGAUUAUUAUGAUUUGCAACUUCAGUUAUAUGAAGUGCAGUUUGAAAUCCUGAAGUGUGAAGAGUUGCUAUUGACAGCACAACUGGAAAGUAUCAAAAGACUUAUAUCAGAAAAGAGAGAUGAAGUAGUAUACUAUGAUACUUAUGAAAGCAUGGAGGCCAUGCUGGAGAAGGAGGAGAUGGCAGCAUCUGUGCAUUUACAGAGAGAAGAGCUACAGAAACUUCAACAGAAAGCCCGCCAGCUGGAGGCAAGACGUGGACGGGUUUCAGCCAAGAAGGCAUACCUCAGAAAUAAAAAGGAAAUUUGUAUUGCAAAACACAAUGAAAAAUUCCAGCAGCGCCUUCAGAGUGAAGAUGAAUAUAGAACCCACCACACAGUACAGCUCAAAAGAGAAAAGUUACAUGAAGAAGAAGAAAGAAAAAGUGCCUGGGUUAGCCAAGAAAGACAGAAAACACUGGAUAGACUUCGAACCUUUAAACAGAGGUACCCAGGCCAAGUCAUACUUAAAUCAACGAGAUUGCGACUUGCUCAUGCAAGAAGAAGAAGUGCAGCCAGUCCCGUGUCCUGUGAAGACCAGUGCCACUCUCUGCCAGGAGCUCCACAGGUAGAGAAAAGCGAGGAAGUGGAGGAAGGAAAAGGCAAGCUCCGGUCGUCACAGACAACAGAAGCUCAGAGCCUCACACAACUUGAAGAUAAUUCAUUAGCACAACUUGAAGCCACUUUAUUACCUCUCAGUGGUGUUACCUCUGAACUGCCUCCCACUGUAUCGCUUCCUCUUUUAAAUAAUAUUGACCUUAAAUCAGGUUCUGUUAGUGUAGAUCCACUGCCACCACCUCUUCCUCCAACACCUCCCCCACCGCCUCCACCCCCACCUCCCCCACCGCCACCACCUCUGCCUGUUGGUAAGGACAGCACCCCAGAGACACUGGAGAAAGGUCUGCCCAGAGUAGGGGGCAAUGAGAAGAGGAUUCCGAAGUCUGCUAGUGCCCCCUCAGCACACCUCUUUGACAGCAGCCAGCUGGUCAGCGCCAGGAAGAAGCUCAAAAAGACGGCUGAAGGUUUGCAGAGGAGAAGAGUGAGUUCACCCAUGGAUGAGGUGCUAGCUUCCUUGAAGCGUGGUAGUUUUCAUCUGAGAAAAGUUGAACAGCGAACUCUGCCUCCUUUUCCUGAUGAAGAUGAUAGUAAUAAUAUCUUGGCGCAAAUAAGGAAGGGGGUAAAAUUGAAGAAGGUACAGAAGGAAGUCUUGAGAGAAUCCUUCACACUUCUGCCCGACACAGACCCUCUAACACGGAGCAUCCAUGAAGCUCUUAGAAGAAUCAAGGAAGCAUCCCCUGAGUCAGAGGAUGAAGAGGAGGCGCUGCCUUGCACAGACUGGGAAAACUAACAAGUGACUCAAGAGAAAGGAAAAAUACCUACAGUUGAACGUCUGCUCUUAUUCUUUAGGAAAACAAAAUUUAAACAUUUGGUUCCACAGUUGGAUUCCAUUAGACCCAAAGUGCACUGGCUCAGUGGUGUUUUGAUAAAGGAAGCACAAUUGGAAAGUUUAGCACUUUUCUGAGUCAUUCCAAUAGAUGGUGGUUAAGAUGAGUUUUAGAUGUUCAGUGUUCCUGACUGCAGUGAAGAAAAGGCCUUCUGAAGAUUGCUGUUUUUAAAGCACCUUUCCCACCUGUCCAGCCAUUUAUAUCCUCGUAGUGGCCAGUAAAGCUAGGGGUUGCUAUGAAUUGGAAGAACACUGGGUUGACAAAGCUACUGUGAGCUGUAUCGGGACUGCUUUGAAAUCCAUCGUUCAGUGCUCUCAAUAGUCAUCUGCUCAAAAUACAGAGCUUCUUCCUUAUCAGCUUAAAUAAGUAUUGUGACACUCUGAAAAAGAAGUUAAUUGUGGUAGCUGUAGAACAGGAAGUGGAAGAAAUCAGAGGGAAAUGCACUGAUAAUUCCCGCAUUAUUCAUCUUCAAAGGAAUUUUCAUAAAGAUAUUCAACAACAUCUGAAAAGAUACAUAAUCAUGGAGAUACACCUAUAAAUGUGUUUACCACGACGUGAUACAUUUAACAUGGCAUAUUUUUAGAAGACCACACACUUAACGGUUUGUAAGGUUUCAGAGUAAAAAUUUCCAUGCUUUUAAAUAGCUCUUCAUAAUUGUGAAUUUUUAAUAGUUUGAAUUUUAUGUGUGGCUUUGUUUAUGAGAAGCAAUACUUUGUAAUUUGAUAAUAUUCAAAUUAUUUUUAGUCUUUUUGUUUGAACUGUUGCUUGAUUACUAUAACUCAACAUGACUUUCCUAUUGAGAAUCAAAAAUCAGGAUUCAGUAAUAGGGAUGCAGAUCUUAAGUGUUUUUAACAUGCAUCAUUUAAAAUUUUAUUUGUAUGCUCCAUAGUGAAAUAUGCAGAAAGUAGACAGGAGGCAGAAAAGCCUCUUUGGCUGGCAUUUCACUAUCUUCACAUGCUUUGAGUUGAAUUUUGGGAGAGAGCCUUUGUUAUUGUCACUAAAUUGUUAACCAUAUGUAUGUAGCUCUAGGUGCCGAUUUUGCUAUAAGAGAGUCCUGAAGAAUUGCAUUCAUCUGAAUGGAGCCGUUAGGAAUUCUCAAGAGGACUGUUGUGGGUUUGAAUGAAGGUAGAUAUGAUGGACCCAGUUUACAGCACUCUGUAGAGUGUAAUUCUGUAUAAGACAGGCCUUAACCUUUAUGGAAAUGGAGUUAAGGGCUGAAGUACCAAAAAGGACUUUAUUUCUUAUGGCGCAAUUCUCUGGCCUGGAGCCAGAAAGCAAGCAGUCCUGGAAUACAAGGCCUCCAGUGUAUCAGAACUGGUAUUGUGAAGAAAAAAAAAAAAAAUGCUCACACUUUUGUCACCUGAAAAUGUUACUUCCUUUAAAAUAAUUAAAGAAAAUUUUCUGGAAACAGGUUAUAUAAAACAAAAUCUGCUUAAAUGUUGGUAAUGUUUAUUGAUGACUGUGAGCAUUUUCACAAUAUGUUGGUUUUAUUCUAGCAUCAUUCUCAUACCUUGUCUGGGAAUAUUAGAAAUACAGAUCUAAUAUAAAGUUAAUCUUUAUUCCCUGAUUACAGUGGAAGGAGAGGUUGUAGAUGUUUUUUUAAAAUGUUCAGCAGAGCAUUGAAACAUGCCUUUUAACCUAAAGAAUGACUCAUUUGACUUGAUUAUAUAUUUGAGAAAAUUUUUAAAGCAAAUUUGCAAACCUUAAAUAAUCAUGUGUAAGUUUUAUGCCGUUGCAUUUUUGUUCAUAACAUAGUUUUUGGUUUUCUUUCAUUCAUUGACAUUAGAAUACUGGAGGUCUAGUGUCAGUAACAGCAGAAGCACUGAGACUUUAGUGUGUCAAGGGGGAAUUGCUACCCACUUAGUGUUACAGCAGGGAUUUCAUUAAGACAAUGCUCAUUUAUAAAAAGGUCCUAUCAUCUGUUGUCCUGAGCCAUGUUGUAGUAAGUCUCUAGCAAAUAAUGCAGGGUGUUCAGACCCCUCUGAAUCCUUUAGGAGUGCACCCACCGCUGUAAAAACCCCCCCUGCGGCACUCCAGGAAGGUUAUCUCACACUUGAAGACAGAGACUCGUUAGCAGCCGCCUGUGCUCAUGCGCUGCUAAACAGCUUUCUCCAACACAUCUACUUCCCUUCCUCCAGAGUCAUGUUCCUCCUUCCAGAAAAUUACAUGUAACUAUAGGUCGUGAACCUUUAAAGUUCUCACAAAUAUUAAAAUUUCAGAUAACUACAGUCUAUGUGUCCAGUUAAAUCCUCAUAUUCAUGAAAAAGCAUUCUGAGAACCCAACGAAAGUUAAAUAAGCAUGAUCUCCUUUUUUCCCCCUGCCCCUCAUAAAAUGAGUAUCUUUGUCCUUAGUAUAAAAUUUGUAUAUAUUUAGUUGUGAUGGUACUUAUAUAUGAUCAUGUUCCAGCUCCAAACUUGCCUGUGCUAUUUAUAUGGUUUUAAAUAUUUGAUAGUUAAAUUUCUCUUCAUGUAUUAUUUCCAUAUCAAGAACCCACAAACAGCUGCCUGCUUAUCAAUUUAGAAUUUAAUUUACCAAUCUGGUCUCAACUGCAGUAUACUUAAAAUAGGGAAACAAGUAGAUGAUGAUUUGGAUGUUUGGAGAUUAAUGUUACAGCUCAUUGGAAUGUCAAUUUUAAAUAUUUCUUCUAAUACAACUAAAAUGUGUAUGUAACCAAUAUGGCAUAUAUAGAAAAGGUAUUCCCAGUGAUUUAAAAUCCUAAUGGUACUGUAGUAUAGCAGCAUGAGGAAAUACCUGGCUAAAGAGGAUUUUUUAAAGAUGAGAAUUGCUGACUUAAUAGGUUCAUUGAGUUUGAGCAGCAUAAAAACAAUCACUCCUUAGUUGUUCAUUGUUGAACCGACAUAGUCUGUAAAAUGCAUUUUUUAAGUGGACUCUUAGACACAGCUAUGACAGUUGAUCAGGUAUAGUAUUUCCACAGUAGAAAUAUGAGACCUUUCUCAUUACAUGAACCCAUAGCAAAUUUUCAAUUCUGUGUAAUGAAGAAGGAAAAAAAAACUUGUUUCUACGAAGCUAAACCGUGUAGCAAUAUUUGCUAACGUAAUGGUUAACGUAGGUGUGGCCUCUUUAUGUCAUAAAAUGUAUUAAAAUUGGCCGUAGCAGACACUAAGAACUAAAACUCAGUGGAACAAAAAUGAAUGGGCAGCACCCUCUCUGGAAUGGGAGCGGUGUGUAAUUAAUACAAUUUAAUUUUAUGCAUUCCCUAAGACUCCAUUUUUAAAUUGUGUUCAUUGCAUGCAUGUAUAAGGAUAGUGUUUGCUUUCACUGAAUACAAGCUUAUUUUUUUAACCUUUAAUAAUUAUGUACUUAACAUCAGAUACCAACCUGUAAAGUGCUAACGGGACCUUAGAGUUAAGGCUUUAUCAGGGAGUUGAAAUUUCAUAUACUUUGCCAGAUGAUUUAUAAAAAGUCGUUUUGAACAGCUGUAAAGCAUUUAAAAACCGUGGCAGGUGCAUUGUUAAUAUGCAUCCAUUUAGUAGUGAAAGCAGAAACGUGAACAAGUCUUACUUAAUUCUUGCCCUGAAUUUAAAUAAUAAAUGUGCAUUUUAAACAGAUUAUAUUUCCCCUUUAUUGCUUAGCUUAGAAGCACAUUUGUGCUUAGUGUUAGAGGAUUGACCACAAGGUGAUAUCAGAUGAAGAGGUAAGAAGACAGUAGAAGCACCUUACUCUCGGAGCGUGUUGCAUUCUUUUAGUGCUACUAAACAAUUCAGUAGUUAUUUCUGAACUUUGCUGCAAAGUGCUAUUUGAAGCACAUGAAAAAAGAGUCUCUGCUUAAUUGAUUUGUAAAAUGAAGCAAUGAUAUUUUUUAUCCUAUAAAUAUAAUCUAAUUUAAAAGUAUUUCCUACAAAAUGAGUUUAUAUUGCUGCCUAAGCUGUCAUCUAUGUAAGCAACGGAUUUUUAAAGGCCAGAGGGAGUCUGGAUUCUGUGUGUGUGUCUAUGUUUUAAAUGUUUGCCCAUUAAAUUCUUGCAAAGACAUGUUCAUUCUAAAAUUUUCUGUUUUACCUACAGUAAACGUACAGCUUGGCAUUUAAAGACUUUUUUUUUGGUCUUUUUAGGGCUGAACCUGUGACACAUGGAGGUUCCCAGGCUAGCGGUCUAAUUGAAGCUGUAGCCCCCAGCCUAUGUCACAGCCACAGCCAUGCGAGAUCCGAGCCUCGUCUGCGACCUACACCACAGCUCACAGCAAUGCCGGAUCCUUAACCUGCUGAGCAAGGCCAGGGAUCGAACCAGCAACCUGACGGUUCCUAGUCAGAUUCAUUCCUGCUGCGCCACGACGGGAACUCCACAUUUGAAGACUUUUAAUUGAAUUCCAAUUCAUAAAUGUCUCUCCCCUUCUCCAGACAUACUUAUUAUGCCAGUAUAAGGUGCAUGUACAGAAAACACCUCUGAGGUUUACAUAUUAAAUAUUUUACCAGUGUUAUCGCACACUGAAUAUCAAAAGCAGUCAUUUGUUUUGAGGGUUAGAGGAAAGUUUGGGGAUUUGAGGGGUCAGGUAUGACUAAGAGAGGCUCCAAUUGGUGAGUUAAGGAAAGUCUGUGGAAAGUGAUGUUUAGAUGUAUACAAAAGGUAUGGGUGUUGGUUAUAGAGUUCAAUUUUAACAAGAAAGUUCGUUUUUUAAAAAAACUUGCAUGUUCUAUGGUUUAUUAGCAAAGAGUGCAACAAGUUAUUCAGGCUUUCCCCAGUACUAAUUAUAUUGGUUUCAAAAAUUCUCCACAAUCACAAGAUGACAUUUUCCUUUCAUUUAUGAACCAAGAGGGGUAGGGAGAUAGUACAACCCAUGCAGUGACUUUUUGACUUCUUCGACUUGGGCAGAAUCCCUACUGUUUCAUUGAAUUUCUUACUGUACUGUAUGUCUUACCAAGUGUGAAACCAUAAUAUAUAGUUGAUGGAAAAUCAAAGGUUCCAGAUCCUUUUGCAUGAAUAUAAAGCUCAUUAGGGCCAAUGAAACUGACAUGUUUUUUAGCCUUUCUGGUAAAAUGAAAAUUUUAAUGGCAAACCAAUUCACCAUUUACUAGCUUUGUGCAAUAUUAUAAUGGUAGAAGCAAAACACUAGCACAUUGUGCUUGGCUUUUCAGGAUGGCUUAAACACCAUCACACUAAAAGGACAGUAUGCGAAGUGUAUUGUAAAUGGCAGCUCUUGCAGAUUUACAAUAUUUAAAUAUGCUCGGUUAUCCUAAAGUAUUAAAAGUACAAAGAAAAAAACUAAGCAGGCAUUUAGAGCAAUACUAUGAAUUCUUCAAUAAUUGUUUUGACGGUUGCCUUUUGCUCUUUAGUGCAACUUUUCUGCAUUGUAAUUAUUGUAUUGCUUUGUAUUUCAUGUUUUUUACACCCAUGACUUCAGAGUUAAGUACUUGUACACCAAGUAUUGCAAUCACCUUUCUCUUCUUGUACAUGCAAUGUAACAACAUACAGUUUUGGUGCUUAACAAUAUUCCUUUUUUUCUUUAAUAAAAGAUAUUUAUUGAGUUAA